AUGGCUCCCGCAUUACUCACGGCUGUCGACUCGACGGAUCACGUCCACCUUAUUGUCGGAUCCAACCCACUCGCGGGUGCCCGCUGCACGCGCGCUCUCGAGGUCGGCGCCAAACCAGUCCUCAUUGCACCUGCAGAUGCAAGCAUACACUAUGGUCUCAUGAAGCGCAUCGAUGACGGCGAAGUCGCAUGGGUGAAGCGCGACUUUGAGGACAAUGACUUGACAACAUUGGGCAGAGAAGAGGUUGAUCGCGUCGUGGAUGCUGUCUUCGUGACGCUGGGUGGCAAAACCGCUCUGAGUACACAUAUCUCCACACUGUGCCGACGCUUGAGAAUCCCCAUCAACGUUGCCGAUGCGCCGAAUCUUUGUACCUUCACGCUCCUCUCCACGCAUACGGAUGGCCCGCUACAAAUCGGUGUGACAACGUCCGGCAAGGGCUGCAAACUGUCGGCUCGGAUCCGUCGAGAAAUCGCGGCUUCUCUGCCUUUGGAUCUCGGCCAGGCAGUUGAGAGGCUUGGUGUCAUGCGGAGGAGGAUUUGGGAGGAGGAUCACGCCGCAGAGCUGUCCAUGGAUCUUGAGGCUGAAGAUGACGAUGCAGGCCAGAGCGCAAACUUCAACAAACUAGUGACACCGGAGGAUGCGGAGGCCGCGCGCGGUCGGCGAAUGCGCUGGCUGGCGCAGAUCUGCGAGUACUGGCCCCUUCGCCGGUUAGCAGGAAUCACAGACGAGGAUGUGGAAGGAGUAUUGCGCAGCUACUCAAACUCUGAGAGCUCUGGUCUCAGCCCGAGAGCGGUGGACCGGCGUCGUAGGAGAGGACGUAUUAUCCUCGCCGGCUCUGGGCCCGGAAACCCGGACCUCCUCACGCGCGCAACCCACAAAGCAAUUCUCUCCGCCGACCUCAUUCUAGCCGACAAGCUCGUUCCUGAGCCCGUCCUUGCCCUCGUCCCGCGCCGCACAACCGUCUUCAUCGCCCGCAAGUUCCCCGGAAACGCCGACAAGGCACAAGAAGAGCUGCUCCAGAUGGGUCUUGAGGGUCUGCAGGCGGGCAAGACUGUCGUGCGUCUCAAGCAGGGCGAUCCUUACAUCUACGGCCGCGGUGCUGAGGAGUACGACUUCUUCCGCGCUCAUGGCCACAUUCCGAUUGUACUGCCCGGUAUCACCUCCGCCCUCAGCGCCCCUCUCUUCGCAGCCAUCCCUCCCACCCACCGCAGCGUUGCCGACCAAGUCCUCAUCUGCACCGGCACUGGCAGGAAGGGAGCGGCGCCUGACCCGCCCGCGUACGUGCCGACCAGGACCGUUGUAUUUUUGAUGGCAUUGCACAGGUUGUCCGCGCUUAUUGACAGCUUGGUGCUGGACGACGCGAAGAAGUGGCCGAAGGAGACGCCUUGUGCGGUACUCGAGCGUGCGAGUUGUCCCGAUCAGCGUGUUAUCAGGACGACAUUGGAGUACGUGUGCACUGCGGUCGAGGAAGAGGGUAGCAGGCCGCCGGGUCUGCUGGUCGUGGGUCCGGCAUGCGAAGUUCUGUGGAAGGGAGGCCAGAAGUGGGUUGUCGAGGAUGGCUUUAAGGGGUUCGAGGAGUUGAGCGUGGAAGGCGACUUGGAGAUGCUGAAGGAAGCUGAAGCUGUGGUUGCUUGA